UGUACUGUUUGAUGCUUUCUUCACUUUAUAAUCUAAUUCAUGGUUAUUUGUUUUAUUUACAGAGAAACUUGCUUCACAAGCAAUUCAUGGCUUCGAUGGAAGACGAAGCCCCGGAGGCGGAAGUAAAGCCUCUCGGAAUCCGGUACAUCGAGUACAAAAGAGGUUCUCCAAUUUCUUACAAGACAUAUCAAGCCAUUGUCUUAUCGAUAACAUUUUUCGCCUACCUAUCCUACCACACCACUCGAAAAACCACGAGCAUCGUCAAGAGUGCCCUCGACCCCCAAUCAUCGAACCUAUAUACGAGACGCGCAAAUCCUGACCAUCCAUCACUGAAGAGGAAAGGCUGGAUACCUUUUAACGGUCCAGAUGGAACGGCAUUGCUCGGUGAGCUCGACGUGUCUUUCCUUUUUGUUUACGCAGUGGGAAUGUAUUUUUCGGGCCAUAUUGGAGAUAGAAUGGAUCUUCGAGUAUUCCUCACCAUAGGAAUGGUCGGGACGGGAAUUUUCACCGCUCUGUUCGGGAUCGGGUAUUGGGCAAACAUUCAUAUCUUCUAUUACUAUUUGAUAGUUCAAAUGUUUGCUGGAUUGUUCCAAUCCACCGGUUGGCCGUCGGUUAUUGCGGUUGUUGGUAAUUGGUUCGGGAAAAAGAAGAGAGGACUUAUAAUGGGCGUUUGGAACUCUCAUACAUCUUUCGGUAAUAUUAUCGGUUCUAUUGCUGCUUCGAUUCUAUUGAAGUAUGGAUGGGGUUGGUCGAUGUUUGUUCCGGGUUUGCUUAUUAUUUUGGUCGCGUUGGUGGUGUUCCUUUUGUUACCGGUGACUCCGGAAUCUGUGGACGCCGUUUUAGACGACGUUCACCCAAAGAAAACAUGGGAGGAAAUGAGUAGAGAACCUUUGAUGAAACAAAAAUCAGUGCGACACGAACCCGUCGGGUUUCUAAAGGCGUGGAAGAUUCCCGGGGUUGCCCCUUUUGCGUUGUGCCUUUUCUUCGCUAAAUUGGUGGCCUAUACAUUCUUAUACUGGCUUCCUUUCUACAUAAGCCACACAGCUAUAAACGGGAGGUACUUAACAGAUGAAGAAUCCGGAAACUUGUCGACACUAUUUGAUGUGGGAGGUGUGGUCGGAGGAAUCCUAGCUGGACACAUCUCCGACCGUUUGGACGCUAGAGCGAUAACAGCUGCAAGCUUCAUGUACUGCUCUAUACCAGCUCUCUUCUUGUACAGAAGCUAUGGCCAUAUAUCCAUGACCAUAAACAUCAUACUCAUGAUUAUAACGGGAGUAUUCGUGAACGGGCCCUACGCUCUUAUUACAACCGCAGUUUCAGCUGACCUAGGAACACAUAGCUCGUUGAAGGGCAACGCACGAGCUUUGGCAACUGUUACUGCUAUAAUUGAUGGAACUGGCUCGAUUGGAGCUGCCAUUGGACCGCUAUUAACCGGCUAUAUCUCGGCUAAGAGCUGGAGUGGAGUGUUUACUAUGCUUAUGGUUGCUGCCCUAAUAGCUGGAUUGCUUCUGACGAGGCUUGUUGUGGCUGAGGUGGCGGAGAAGAUUCGAGGGUCGGGUUCGGAAGAAGUUUCUAGAACAACCCACGAUGUACAUGAUGUAUGAUUUGAUAUUGAAUGGCGUUUUGGCUUUCCGGUUUUCGAGAUUUCUUGUUUUGUG